CAGACGCAGGGCAGCGAGUGGACAUUUUGGUCUUUGUCCGCGGGUCAGCGCGGCCUCUGGAUCCACGUGGCGCCAAAGUAGGAGACGCAGCUGAGAAAUGCCAAGUACGUAGAGCGACGUUGAGAUCUGGGAGGCCAGUGAAUCCACCGAGGAAAGUGGUGAAUGCAAGGAAACUGGACGCUCCUUUCUCUGCUCACAGACUUCAUUUCUUUUCUUUUUUUCAGAGUAGACUUCGCUUUUUAAAAGGCAGAACGUUUUUCAAUGUUCAAGCUUCGAGCUUGAAACACGCUUUAGAUUUAAACAGGAAGUUGUAUGGGAAAGAAUUAUGUGUUUUUCUAGAGUUUGGAAGUCCUCUACCAUAGCCUACUCUUCCUGGUAAGAAUUAUCUUGGUAGAGUCUGGUGUGGAAAUGCCUGCAGUUUAGACCCUGCCCAUUUGUCAGUGGAACACACAGGCUAGAGGAAAAGCCUAUGAAUUCACCAGCUCGGGGAAGCAUUUACGCACGUGUCACAUCUCACUGAACCCAGAAGUCAUGCUGAAAGGAAGCCCCGUGUUUCUAAGGAAUAUCGAAAAGCCUUUAGCUAGAUGACAGAUCCUAGGAAAUUCAUGCUGGAGAAAAACAAGGGAAAUUUGCAAAAACAACAUUGACUCUUAGAAAGGUACACUGGGAAGAAAGGUUUAUACUCUUAAUCCUUGUCCUUCUCUGCCUUCGCCUGAGAGGUCAGACACAGAAGCCUUAGAACUGUAAGAAAUGUGGAAAUAUCCUCAACCAAGAGUAAUCCCUCAGUUCUCAAAAGUCUCCUAAUUGGAGCGAAACCUUGUGAAUGUGGUAAAACUCGCAUUCAGAUGUCACACCUCAGUCAGCAGGGAAUCUUAAGUGGGGGAAGCCCCUUUGCCUGUAAGGUAUGUGGGAAACUCUUUAGCCACAAAUCAAAUCUUACAGAGCACGAGCAUUUCCACAAUAGGGAGAAACCUUUUGAAUGUAACGAGUGUGGAAAGGCCUUCAGCCAAAAGCAGUAUGUCAUUAAGCAUCAGAACACCCAUACUGGAGAGAAGCUUUUUGAGUGUAAUGAUUGUGGAAAGUCCUUCAGCCAGAAGGAAAACCUGCUCACCCAUCAGAAGAUUCACACUGGAGAGAAGCCUUUUGAGUGCAAAGAUUGCGGGAAAGCUUUCAUCCAGAAGUCAAACCUCAUCAGACAUCAGAGAACUCACACGGGAGAGAAGCCCUUCAUAUGCAAGGAGUGUGGGAAAACCUUUAGUGGGAAAUCAAAUCUUACUGAGCACGAGAAAAUUCAUAUUGGUGAGAAGCCCUUUAAAUGUAACGAAUGUGGAACAGCUUUUGGCCAGAAAAAGUACCUCAUAAAGCAUCAAAACAUCCACACUGGAGAGAAGCCCUAUGAAUGCAAUGAAUGUGGAAAAGCCUUCUCUCAGCGAACGUCACUUAUUGUGCACGUGAGGAUUCAUUCGGGCGAUAAACCCUAUGAAUGCAAUGUCUGUGGGAAAGCCUUCUCUCAGAGCUCCUCUCUCACGGUGCAUGUGAGGAGCCAUACAGGUGAGAAGCCCUACGGCUGUAAUGAGUGUGGGAAGGCCUUUUCUCAGUUCUCAACCCUGGCCCUGCAUUUGAGAAUCCACACAGGUAAGAAGCCGUACCAGUGUAGUGAGUGUGGGAAGGCUUUCAGCCAGAAGUCACACCACAUCAGACACCAGAAAAUCCAUACUCAUUAAACGCUCUGAAUGUCUUCAGUAUGGGGAAGUGUUCAUUAAGAAUAUACACCCCAUAAUGCAUCAAUUAGUCAUUCUGAGCCUAAGCCCCACAAAUCAGCCACACAUUUAACAUAAAAUACGAACAGUGGAGAAUUCCUACUGAAGAGGAAGACGUCUGUAUGAGUAGAAGCCUGCACUUGACGAAUGGAACACAAACACAGUUAUCUACAGUUGAGAAUGGAGAACAGGCUGUUACUACCGUCAGCAUAGAUCUGGACGUCUUCACCAGUCUAGUAAGUAAGCUGUGUUAGAAGAAACGAAAUAAGUUAUGAUCAUACAGUAAUAUGUAACGUGCUUUGAAGAGGACAGAGAUUAUAGAAUAACUAUGCAGGAUUUAGAAUAUGGAAAGAAUUGCUUCAGAUGAAUACCAAGACUGUUUGGAUGCACAUUGUUCUCUGAGGAGCAAAGUCACACACCACAAACUGUAAACAAUAGUAGGAGACAAAUGUGUAGAAACCGAAAGCAGAGAUAUAAAAAUGCUGUACAUUAUACAAAGUUAUGACCUUGGGAGUGAGAAAACAUUCCUUGUAACAUUUGAAAACACGUAGUUCUCAUGAGUCAUUAUGCUCAGGAGGUUAGGCACCAGGAAAUUUACCAUUAGAGUAGCCAAAUACAACCUGUUGGGAAUGGAGCAGGAAAGUUUUGGGUGGACUGUUGUGCAGACAUCUGGCAGAACAAGUUAGGUGUGUGUAACUGGAAGACUUCUGGAAGUGAUGGGGGACUGAAGUUGCGGAAUCAUGCAUAUACUGCAGUGACCUUCUGUCAAGUUAGAAUUUCCUUCUAGAAACAGCUUAUCAUGGUAUAAAUAUCUGUAUGGAAAUGUUCACGAUGCAUCAGAAUGCAGACCAACUCCUAAGUGAGUGAAGAAGGGAAGGG